ACCAAAAUCAAAUGGAAGCAAUCUCCAACGCAGGGGAAGCCAUGUUUGUGAUCUCUUUCCUUCUGCUUUUCUCACUAGCCUCGUGGAUUCUCUCCCUUCUCUUCAGACCGAAAAGCUCCAUCAAUGGCUAUGGCCCUCCAACGUACCCUCUUAUUGGCUGCCUCGUGGACUUCUUCAGAAACCGCCGCCGCCUCCUCCACUGGUACACCCACUUGGUGGCCGAGUCGCCCACUCUGACCGUCGUGCUGCGCCGCUUCGGCGCCCGGAGAACCGUCAUCACGGCGAACCCGGACAACGUCGAGUACAUCCUCAAGAGCAACUUUAGUAAUUAUCCCAAGGGCCGGCCCUUCACGGAGAUUCUCGGCGACCUUCUCGGAUGUGGCAUCUUCAACGUCGACGGCGAGAUGUGGAGCAGCCAGAGGAAGAUGGCCAGCCAUGAGUUCAGCACCAGGUCCUUGAGAGAGUUGGUGGUGGAGACGCUUGAGGAAGAGGUGCAGAGCCGCCUUGUUCCGCUGCUGGAAGCGGCGGCGGAUGGCGGCUUGGAGGUGGACUUUCAGGAUGUUCUGAGGAGGCUCGCGUUUGACGCCAUAUGCAAGGUUGCCCUAGGCAUGGACCCAUGUUGCUUGGACCUUACGCAACCGCUGCCGCCGCUCCUGACAGCCUUCGACGUCGCGUCGGAGAUCAGCGCCAUGCGGGCGGUGGCGCCGGUUUUCAUGGUGUGGAAGGCUAAGAGGAUGUUGAAUGUUGGAUCGGAGAAGAAGCUCAGAGAAGCUGUCCAGCUCGUUCACAGUUCUGUUGCGGAGAUUAUCAGAAGCAAGAAAGAGAAGCUCGGAAAAUCGGGCGGAGAAAACUGCGAUGUCCACAGCGAUCUGUUGUCGAGGCUGCUGUCCGCCGGACACGACGACGACGCGGUACGAGACAUGGUGAUAAGCUUUUUGAUGGCCGGGAAGGACACCACCUCCGCCGCCAUGACCUGGCUGUUUUGGCUGCUCUCCGAUCACCGGGAACUCGAAAAACAGGUAGUCCAAGAAGUGACUCAAAUAAACGAUGGCGGAAGACGGUUGAACUUUGAUGAUUUGAAGCGAAUGGAUUUCCUAAAAGCGUGUCUGUGUGAAUCCAUGAGGCUGUAUCCGCCGGUGGCGUGGGACUCGAAGCAUGCGGCGGCGGCCUCCGACGUGUUGCCGGACGGAACUCCGGUCUAUGAAGGGGAUCGAGUGACCUACUUUCCCUACGCAAUGGGGAGGAUGGAGGAGCUAUGGGGAAAGGACCGGUUCGAGUUCCGGCCAGACCGGUGGUUUGAUGAACGGGGAAAGGACGGUUCGAGGCUCAAGCCAGUGAGUCCGUACAAGUUUCCGGUUUUUCAAGCCGGUCCAAGGGUUUGCCUGGGGAAGGAAAUGGCCUUCAUUCAAAUGAAGUAUGUGGUGGCUUCAGUUUUGAGGAGGUUUGAAUUGACUCCGGUCCAGUUGAACCGGCCAGUCUAUGUGCCUCUCCUGACGGCUUAUAUGGCUGGUGGAUUAAAGAUGAGGGUCAAGAGGAGGAGCACUCAUGCAUAAUUUCAGUAUAAUAGUUAAUUUUUAAUAUUUAAUGUUUAUUAAAUCAAUUAAAAUAUGAUACUUAAAUUACU